UUGGUGAAAAUCCGCCUUGAUAUGCGACCUCGCAAAAACCUCAGCGAUGUUUCUUAGGUUAAUAUGUGUUUGAGACACAGACUAAUUACUUUCUUGGCUGUGUGUUUGAGUUACCCAUAUUUCAUCUUCUCAAUCCAUCAUUUACUUUGGUUUUCAGAAUUCGUGACAAUACUGAAACAUAUAUGUUAUAUUAGAAAAACCACAUAACAUAGAUAUCUCUCGGAACGUGCAUGCACGUUUAUCCCAAUCUUACUUCCCAAUCUUACUUCAAUUCGUCAACCGUUCUUACAGCUGCCCUGUAUUAACAGUUGCCUACUAAAUAAUAGAAGGAUUCAAAAACAUAAUAAUACAUAACCGCAGAUUAUUGGAACUGUGACAUAACCUUGAAUUUUUGUUAUUAACCUUAUAUCAAUACAAAAUAUGUGUUACUACCAGCUUUUUUUCAAUGAAAACGACUGUAAAUUGAUAAUUCUUGAUAUUCUAUACACUCUACCUUAUCAGAUUGAAAUUGGCUUCGUUAAAAUGAAUGUGUUUUUGAAACGGGUAUUUGGGAACAGAGGAGUGUUAAUGACUAAUCCUUACCAUUACAAUGAAAAAUUCAAAAAGCAGUAUUCUUAUAACAGAGCUGUUAAUGAAGCUGAAAAAAUUGUAGGAUAUCCAACAUCAUUUUUGAGUUUGAGAUGGCUGUUAAAUGAUGAAGUUGCCAAUGUGGCUUUGCACAUGAGAAAACUCAUAGGAACCAAUCAUCCAUUGCUUAACACUGCCAAAGAACUAAUUUUGAAUAAACAAACUCCAGCGUGGGGUCUCAUAGUAUUAUUGAUUUCUAAAGCAGGUGGACUGAGUAGAGAAUUCUCACAUGUGGAAUGUGACAUCACAGCAGGAAUUCUCCAUAGUCAAAGAAUUCUUGCUGAAAUUACGGAAAUGGUUCGUACCAGUAACAUCAUCCAUAAAAGCAUCCUCAAUAUAUCCUCGAAUGACAAGGACAUUGAUGACCUCAAUUUUGGCAACAAACUGUCACUCUUAACAGGCGAUUACCUUCUCAGCAGCAGUUUCAAAGAACUGGCUGAACUCAAAUGUCAUGAUGUUAACGAACUCAUAUCCACAUGUCUGAGAGAUUUGGUUGAGGCUGAUUUUAUUGAACCAAGGGAUAGUCAAAAUAGACCCAUUCCAUCACCUCCUUUGAAAGAACAUAAAGAAGUUGUUGUGCCUAAUCUGUUCGAUGACGAAGUUUUAACGAUAUCGGAGGUAUUGGGAAAUGCUAAAGCUGAAUGGACAUUACGCCAUUUGUUGGAUGGAGCCAGUUUGUUAGCAAAGUGUUGUCAAGGUACUCUUAUUUUAGCGGAUCAUCCGAAAUCUUUCCAAAAGUUGGGCUAUUUAUUUGGUCGGAAUAUGGCUCUAGGUUGGCAAGCCCGUGCUGAUCUUUCGGCUUUCAAUCCAUUGAGAACAACGGAGCCCUUCAGUCUUAUAUGUGCUCCUCUGAUGUUUCACCUUCAAGAUAAUCAGGAGUAUUAUCCGAAGCUUUUGAAAAUGGUAGAAGAAAACGACAUCGAUUAUAGAGAGCUAAGAAAUGUUAUUAGAACAGGACAUGGUCUGGAAAAAACAGAUGAAAUGUUAAAGGAGCUUUCUGAAACUGCUCUGAAAGUUCUUGAAGAGUUUCCAGAAAAUAGUUCUCGGGAUGCCCUUGUUAAUAUUAUCAAUUCCGCUUGAAUUGGGGUUUCAGGAACUGUUGAUUUUGUUGAUUGUUUAAAGUAAUUCUUUACAUCUGAAUCAUGGUACUUUAUAUACAAAUGAACUUCUAGUCAUUUUGUGUUCUGUAAUAAUAUUUAUUCAAGUUCAGAA